GCACGUAUAGCCGGAAUGGGGAGGAGGCUGGGAUGGGAGAAAGAUAGAGAGAAAGCUAGCUUCAGCUACGCCUUUCUCUGAGCUCCUGAAGCCUAGGGAGCAGUGAUAUAUACUCUUGAAGGAAAGAGGGGGCAUAAGCAGAAAGUAAGAAAGGACCCAUCCCGUUUUGCUCUUUGGAGAGCAUAGGAGCUACAGUAUUCCAACACGUGAGGAGGACGCAGAAAUAUUGUUAAUAGUAACACUAAUAAUUCAUGAAGGAGCUGUUCGUUUCAGCACUUUUUCCAACAUACAGGAGCCGAACAGCACUUUUUAUUGUAACUGGUAACGGAUUCACUGGAAGGAGCUAUCCUUUUCAGAACCACACAAGAAUGCAAUGGAGAUUUGGAAAAAACCUUGAAGCUCUCUUUUUAGCAAAUCUUUGAUCUGAAGGAGCUAUUAAUUCUGCACUAGUGCCUGAGAAUGUCGGCAACUCAUUUGGAAUAAAACCCACUCAAAUCAUGGAUUGCAAAGGACCAGAACCAUUUCAUGUGAAACGUGUGGUCUGUAUCAUACACGAACAGCUUCAGGUUCUAUAAGGGAGAAGUUAUUUUAGAGAAAACACAUUUUCAUGGCGCAGGUUGCAGAGCUAUACAAGAAGGGUGAAGGCUGCAUCGAUGCACUUACAAGCGCUAACUGUUUAGGUCCUGAUGUUGAGGGGUUUUGUUGAGGAUGCCCCCAAUUUCACUGUGGAAUUCAUCUCCAAACUAGCAAAUACAUAUGGAAACUGGGGAUCAGAAUUUUAGAAAAAGGGAUUAACAGAUAUCUUUUUGUGGGGUUUCCUUUUGAUAAUAGAGUUUAAACUCUUGUAGUUCAAGGCAUCGCCCCUGGAAAUCUUUACCAUUUUCACAAUCUGAGUGUGCUUUAAACAUCUUCCCUUCUAAAGAAACCAAGGCAGUGGUGUCCCUGUAGAAUGUAGAAUCAUGGGUCUCUUUGACAGAGGUGUACAGAUGCUUUUAACCACCGUUGGUGCUUUUGCCGCCUUCAGCCUGAUGACCAUCGCUGUGGGGACUGACUACUGGUUGUAUUCCAGAGGGGUCUGCAAAAGUAAAAGUGUCAGUGAAAAUGAAACCAGCAAAAAGAAUGAAGAAGUCAUGACCCAUUCUGGAUUAUGGAGAACAUGCUGCCUGGAAGGAAAUUUUAAGGGUUUGUGUAAACAGAUUGAUCAUUUCCCCGAAGAUGCAGAUUACGAAGCAGACACAGCAGAGUACUUUUUACGAGCUGUACGAGCAUCUAGUAUCUUUCCUAUCCUCAGCGUGAUCUUGUUGUUUAUGGGUGGGCUCUGCAUUGCUGCCAGUGAGUUCUACAAAACUCGUCACAACAUCAUAUUGAGUUCUGGAAUCUUCUUUGUAUCUGCAGGUCUGAGUAAUAUUAUUGGUAUAAUAGUGUACAUAUCAGCCAAUGCAGGGGACCCCUCAAAAAGUGACUCGAAGAAAAACAGCUACUCCUAUGGCUGGUCCUUCUACUUUGGCGCUCUUUCAUUCAUCAUCGCUGAGAUGGUGGGUGUUCUUGCAGUCCACAUGUUUAUUGAUCGCCACAAACAAAUUCGUGCCAAUGCUCGUGCUACAGAUUACCUCCAGUCAUCCACUAUUACCCGCAUACCAAGUUACCGCUAUCGUUACCGGAGGCGCAGUCGCUCCAGUUCCCGAUCAACUGAACCAUCACACUCCAGGGAUGCCUCUCCUGUUGGAAUCAAGGGAUUCCAUACAUUGCCCUCUACAGAAAUAUCGAUGUACACAUUGACAAGAGACCCUCUGAAGACCACCACACCAACUGCAACCUACAAUUCUGAACGGGACCACAAUUUUCUGCAAGUCCACAACUGCAUACAAAAAGAUGUCAAGGACUCCCUUCACACCAACACAGCUAACCGCCGAACAACUCCAGUAUGAAGAAAAAUAAAGAAAAAAAAGAAAGGAAAGAUAAAAAUAAUAGAGAUAUAAUUCAAUGAAAAUGCAUGAAUCCCAUGUAUCAUUAUUAAAAAAAAUCAUUUAAAUGAAGGAAACAUGCUAUGGAGGAUUUUCUAACCCUGAUCAAUAACGCAUAAGAAAGGAAGCAGUUCUAAAUGUGUGCGUGUAUGUGUGUAUGAGGUAUGUCUGACUACAUGUGCACUGAACUGGGAUGAGGGUUUACAGAAAGCAGCACCAAAAGGCAUGGUUCUGAUGAAGGAAAAUUUGAUAUGAAAUCAACUUAGGGAGAAUAUCUGAGGCCAUAGUAUUUUCAUAAUCCUUUAAUAUAUAUUUUCCUGCAUCAAACUGUGAAAAUUAAAGGACUUUUUUUUUUAUUCAAGCAGGGUGGUGCUGGGGAGUGGGGGAGAGGGGAAUUUGCUGAGGGUGUGGAAUUAAAAGCAGAGUCAACUCUCUGCUGUGAAUAGGAUGGCAGAUGACUAAGGAAGUUGCCAUACUGCUAAUUAAAACUGAACAAAAUGUUCUGAUAGAACAACCACAUUAAAAGGUUCUAUUCUUUUAAGAGACUUACUUUAAGUGAGGAAGCUGUGGCUUCAGGGGGGAAAUUUCACAAAAAGCAUGCAUGCAAAAUGUCAGAGACGCAGCUCCUCAAACCAAAUGUUUGAAAUGAAAUAAAAUUAUGAAGAAACAAAUUAUUUUCAAAGGAGGACUUUUCAUGUUUUCUUAUUUUUUUCCUUUGCUUGGGAAACCUUCUGAGUUUACAUGCAAUCUUAUUUUAUUGAAUAUGUUUCUUUAACUGUUUUUAUGAAAAGGCAUUGAAGAAAUAAAAUGAUUAAGAUGAACAAAUGGAGGACUAGUUACUGGAUAAAAUGAACUCUCCCUCGGGGGGGAGAAAUGCCAACAAGUACCUGAGGAUAGUGUGCUCAAAGGGCCAAUACAUUGUGUGCCAAGAUGGUCCAUGAAAAGCACAGCAUUGUCCUGGGAAGCAUUUGCAAAAAAUGUUGAAAUAUAUAUUUACAGGAUUAAAAUAGUCUAAAAUGUUACAAUAAGAAAUUACUGUGCUUUAAAGAGAGGGCUUUGUGGACUAGUUGUGGGAGGGGAAGAAUGAGAAAGAGUGCGGGAUGACUUAUUGCCCAGAAUGGUGUUGCUUUUUCAUAUUAAACUAAAAGAAAAAUGCAACAAAACUAAGAAAACAAAGACAGGCAAAUGAAGAAAGGGGAAAAUUAUUUUUCCAUGUGGUUUCUUCUUCACUUCAGAGAAAUCAAACCACCAUUCAUUUUCCUUACAUGGUCAGUAUGAUUUUUUUCCAGACUGUUACAAAUAAAGAAAAUUCUGGACUAUGAAAUAAAGAUUUUUUCUAGAA